UAAACUGUCAGGACGUCGCCGUUUAGCUCCCGCCAAUAUCAAUUUCCUUUUUCUCCAUUUUUGCUGAAAAAAAAAAAAAAAAGUAAAAAUUGCAUUUUUGGAGAUUGUUUUUGGGGGCUAGAAGUUGUAGUUAACAGUUGUGAUUGUGGUUGGGUUAAUUAGGGAUUAGUUUCAUCGUCAAUCGAGCUCACCAUCAUUAACCCCACGAACAGAAAGAUACAGAAAACCAAUCAAAAGCACUGUGUUCUUUUCUGUUUUUUAAUUCUUGGUUUUUGGGUUUUGCGUCGAAACCCAUCAAAUCCACAAUCGCCGAACUCUACAAUCCACCCCCUGCAUAAACUUUGAGCUUAUCCUAGUCAAAAAUCCCAUCUGGGAAAUUUUUAAUUUUAUAAUUUUGAUUUCGAACCGUAAGUUUCUUUGAAUCAGAACCCAGAAAUUUGUGGGUUUUUUCUGAAUGGCGAAUCUGUACGUGAAGGCGGUGCCACCGGCGGAUCUGAACAGGAAUACGGAGUGGUUCAUGUACCCAGGGGUGUGGACCACCUACAUCCUCAUCCUCUUCUUCUCUUGGCUUCUUGUCUUGUCCGUCUUGGGCUGUUCUCCUGGCAUGGCUUGGACCAUCGUCAACCUCUCUCACUUCGUUGUCACUUAUCACUUCUUCCACUGGAAGAAAGGAACUCCAUUUGCAGAUGACCAGGGGAUCUACAAUGGAUUGACUUGGUGGGAGCAGAUUGACAGUGGAAAGCAGCUUACCCGCAACAGGAAGUUCUUAACAGUUGUACCUGUGGUUCUGUACUUGAUAGCGUCACACACAACUGACUACCAACACCCAAUGCUCUUUUUCAACACUGUUGCAGUGAUGGUGCUGGUGAUUGCCAAGUUUCCCAACAUGCACAAGGUCCGGAUCUUUGGGAUCAAUGCAGAUAAGUGAAUUAUGCUUUACAAAAAAAUUAAAAAUAAAAAAAUAAAAAAAUGGACGGUUUUAAUUGACUUGUUGAAAGAGCCUGUGAUACUUCACUCGUUGUGGUGGAAAAGUUAUAUAUAUAUCUCUCUCUCUCGCUGUAUAGAAGUUGGGACUGGAAGGAUAUUCAAAUAUGUAAUGCUUUUUAUUUGUGCUGACUGCUUUCGAAACUGUCUCCUCGUUGAUGAUGACGGAAUAAUUGUAUUGAGCUAUUUUUGUACAGUAGAGAAAUUUUAUGUAUCUGGUGUAGCACGGUUAUAUUGGGAGGAGUCUUCACAUAUUUUGACUCGGUUUCUUUUCAUAAUUUCCUUGUGUGAGAUGGUUUUCCGCUCUGUAAACCUCGAAUUUGUAGACUUUCAACCUUUUCAAAAGGCUAUUAACAAUAUGGAGAGUGGAAGGUACUUGGAGUUUUUUGUUA